GAAUACUCGACUGCCACAAUAAGUCAUUUGACCUUCGCAAGAUGGCUAGUUAGCGACGAUGCCACCUUCGCCACGUGAUCUAAACAGAGCUGGCCGACCUUCUCAAGAUGGCUGCCAUGUACCCCCACUGAGAAGUGGCUCAUCGCCCGCUCUGCUCCCUCUUGACUUGUCCGCUGCUUUUGGUUUCGGUUCUCCCCUGAAAUGAGUGAGUGGCGGUGAUCAGGGUAACCUAGGCCAUGGAUCAUGCGGUGGAAGAUGCUGGAGGGACGGCAACUCUAUUUGAGCUCUGUGCCAGGGUAGUGAAUGCCAACAUGGAGAAACUGGAACAAGACGUGUGGGGGCUGCCAGCUGUUAUCCUGCAAGGAAUUCUGCCACUAUUAAACAUUUAUUAUCUUGAGAGAAUAGAACAGACUGCUGUUAAGAAAGGUCUUUCUACUCAGUCUAUCUGGUGCAAGCUGUGGAAUGACAUUAUGAAAAGCAAGCCUUCAAGGUUCGGGACUGUUAAAUGUUGGAGGAAGAAAUUUCUGGAAGCUUUUUUUCACAAUGUUCUUCGUGGAAUUUUGAAAGUUUCUUCUGAUCAGCGUUUAAAUGACCAGCGUUUUUCUCCUCUGGUGCACAGUGCACCGCACGUUACUGAGCUUACCAUUUGCAAUAAACAACAAGGAGUAUCAGAGCUUACACCGCCAGUGCUCGAAUGUCUUGCAAGGUCUGUUGAAUCUCUGAAAUUCCUCCAUCUACGCUCUUCUGACCAAGCCACACAAAGGUCCCUGAGGUUGCUUCUCCAUCGUCUCGUACAUCAUGGCCAGGUGAACAGGGUUUCUCUACUCUCCUGGCCUUCUCCUGACACCAAUCUCUUGCUUUUGAUACUUAGUGUAAGUGCAGGGGUUUGGCAGAAGCAGGCGAGCUGUCCCUGUACACUUUGCUUAAAAAAAUCACUAAAUCUUAACAGUGAUGAGCUCCAGGAAAAAAGACCAGAGACAGGCCUUCUGCAGUCUUCUAGCUCUGCAGAUCUGUCAAAUAUGCAUUCUAAGAACAAUGUAGAAGAGGACAUGGGCAGCCAAAGUGCCUUGCUAAGCCUGCAGCCUUUGAACAUUAGUCACAGUGUUGUCACCGACUGUUCUGAUCACAGCAGCGCUGAAAACCCACCACGUCGAGUAUCUAGGAGCACCCACUCCAGGAAAGCAACAUGUCACAAAUCAUUACUGCCUCCCAAUACUUUUGGCAGUAAAGUAGCAUCUACCUCAAGAAAAAAUCUCAAAUCUGGAGCAGAUAUUCAGGAUAGCAUUAGAUCAAAUCCAGAUGACUUGUAUGAUUUCAUUUUCAGUGUUCCCAGCGCAGGUGAGGGAGAAGCUUUGAACACGAACAAAGGAUAUAAAGAAAGUGCCAAUGAGAAACCUUCAGAAGUGUCUACAGUGCCCUUAUUUGAUGAUUUACCUCCUGUGGAGGAAAGAAGAGUAAUUAGUCCAAUUCCUGAUGGUGCCCAUCAUUUUCGAAGUGUCAGAGCUCUAAAUUUGCACAAUGUUCCCCUCACACUAAGCUCUUGUCACUUUUUGUGUCAUCUUCUCCGCUCUUGGGUGUCAUUGGAAAGGCUAACCAUGGCGUAUAAUGAUUUAGGUGCCAACAUCUUCCUUAUUGUGGAAGCUCUCUCUGCACUUUCCCGCUGUCCAGGUUGCUCUCUUAGUAUGUUCUCCAUGAGCGAUUUUACAACACAUGUCCCCACUUUGGACUUGGCCAACACUAUCCUGACCACAUUUCCUUCACUUCAGCUUUUGUCUCUCAGUUAUGACCUGGAGAACCACAAUGAGAAGGAGACAUCGGAGGACAUUUCAGCAGAAUUCAAAGAAAAUCAAUUAAAACAAUUAGAAAUCAGGUUCCCCCAAGAUCCUUUGCCAGUGGGGCAUUUAGUUUCUGUGCUGAAAGCAUCUACAUUCCUCCUGGAGCUUUCCCUGGACAAUGCUACCUUUAGUUGCACAGAAGAUCUGAAGUGCGUGCUUCGUACACUUGCAGAACACAACAAAGCACUCAAGAGACUGAGCUUUCAUGACAUGAAGAUGACAGAUAUGCACAAUGAAAUUGUGCUCUUGCUGAACUCUUCUAGCCUAGAAGAAAUCAAAUUUUCCUUUUGCCGACUCUUUGAAAAAGGCACAGACGAGUUUCUGGCUGCGUUUGUUGGUGCCCUGAGAAGAAACCCAUCUGUAAAAAUCCUAAAGCUGUGUGGGAACCGACUGGGGAAUGAUGGACUGGCCGCACUGGCAGAUCUUUAUAACCCAGAUUCAUUGUCUUCUGUUCACUACCUGGAUGUCAGUUCCAACUGCAUCAAGCCAGAAGGACUGCUACAUUUCGCAAAAAAGUUGGAGCGUGGUGGAAAGAUCAAGUUGAGGCACCUCUCUGUUUCCCAAAACUUGCUUGACCGAGACCCAGUCAUGGCUCAAGAAGCCUUGCAGUCCCUGGAAGGAGUUUGUUGUGUAGUCAGUGACAACUGGGACUCUGCUCAAGUUUUCGCUGAUCAUGUCAAUGGCAUGUAAGGUGCCACUGCGUUUGUAUUAUUGUAUAGACUGCAUGCUGUAUAUGCAAGGCUGUGUCCUGGGUUGAUGGGAGCAUUUAGCUACUGUAUUUUGCAAUUGAAGCUCAUCUGUGCCUCACCCUUGUGCAUGAUUCUAUACACUGGGCUUGGCUAAUGAUUUUCUCAGCCCCACCGGUCUGUUAAGACCUGAAUGCAUACACUGUGUGUUGUCCUAUGGAAGCAUAAACAUGGUCAACAGUGUUUGCACAAAGCACAUAUUUUUCAUUGUUACAAGUGCAUUUUUAUUUUAUUUGUCCUUUUUUUUCCGUAUGUAAUGUCUUAAUUUAAGUACUAAUUGUGUUUAACACCUUUCCACAGACUUUUAAGAGACAUAAAUACAGUCAUACACCAACUCAGUCGGCCUUUUAUACACAGCAGAUUCUGGGGCUUGUAUCAAACUGGAUGAAAUGGAAUAGUCAGACUUGCUACAGGGAUUCUCUAUUCUGCAAAUACGCUAAAGGCUAACUUGCAUUAAGCAUGCUUCUUAUAACUAGCAGUACAAUGGGAAGAAAACACUAGCCUUCACUGCAGCUGAACGGGGAAGGAAACGUAGUGAACUUGAUAGAUUUGGUUAUUGGAAUGUGCUGUUUAAUGAUAUAUUGUCCAUCAUCCUUGCUGUGGUGGCCUGAUUAUUUCAGAUAUAUAACUGAGCAGUUGAUUCACCUGCACAACAAUGACAAAAACCGGAUUAGCACUAUGAUCAUCUACUUGUAGCACUGAAUACUACGCUAUGAACAAGAGGCAUUUUGAGUAAAUUGCAUCUAAACAUAUGGAUCAUUUUCCAUUCUUUGGGUAUUUAUACAUGCACAUGGAUGUCUGGGAAACAUUUACCAAAGCACUAUACCUGUUUAUUUAACAUUACGCACUAUAGAAGCAUUUAGAAAUACCUUGGCAAUUCUUUGUUAUUGAGGGGUACUUAUGACACAAGGCACUCGCACACACGGCUAAUCAAGUUCUUGUAUUAAAGAAUAUUACAACUGGUCUAUAGAAGGGGGCAUUAAAUAAAAGAAACUUGGUGAGUACAGGUCCCUUUGGAGAUGCACUGGAUAUUACUGACCACUUAAUGGGGCAUGUGCUGCUGUCGUGAUAGACUUUAUAUCACUUGGCUGUGUGUUCACUGUAGUGUCAGAUGCAUCGUAUAUUCUAGUCAUACUUUAUGCAUUUCUGGUGCCAGAGACGAAUUAAUCGCCAAACAAAUAUGCAAUAAAAAUGCCAUGUAUUUUUAUCUGGUUAUGCAAGGCUUACAUUUAUAUCUCGAGUUAAUGCUGCAGGUUUGUGUUAUACCAAAACUGACCAUUUUGCAAUUAUUUCCCAUAUGAAAUCGUCAGUGAAAUUGAUGUAUCAGUGUUUGGUUGGUAGAAGAAUGUUUGCUUUUCUUUAUUAAAUGUAUUGUUACUUCA